AUGUACCGCAACAUCGGUAUCAUGGCGCACAUCGACGCCGGCAAGACCACAACCACCGAGCGCGUUCUGUACUACACUGGCAAGUCGUACAAGAUCGGUGAGGUGCACGAGGGCACCGCCACCAUGGACUGGAUGGAGCAGGAGCAGGAGCGGGGGAUCACCAUCACCUCUGCCGCCACCACCUGCUCCUGGAACGACCACCGCAUCAACAUCAUCGACACCCCCGGCCACGUGGACUUCACGCUGGAGGUGGAGCGCGCGCUGCGCGUGCUCGACGGCGCGGUGGCGGUGUUUGACUCGGUGGCGGGCGUGGAGCCUCAGUCGGAGACUGUGUGGCGCCAGGCGGACAAGUACGGCGUGCCCCGCAUCUGCUUCGUCAACAAGAUGGACCGCAUGGGCGCCAACUUCUACCGCACGCGCGACAUGGUCAUCAAGAACCUGGGCGCCAACCCGCUGGUCAUCCAGCUGCCCAUCGGCCAGGAGGACAGCUUCCAGGGGCUGGUGGACCUGGUGAAGAUGAAGGCGCUGAUCUGGAAUGGGGAGGAGCUGGGCGCCAAGUUUGACGAGGUGGAGAUCCCCGCCGACAUGGCUGAGCUGGCGGCAGAGUACCGCGAGAAGCUGAUCGAGCAGGUGGCGGAGCUGGACGACGACGUGAUGAUGGGAUACCUGGACGGCGAGCUGCCGGAUGAGGCCACCAUCCGGCGCCUCAUCCGCUCGGGCACCAUCGCGGGCAAGUUUGUGCCCAUGACGUGCGGCACCGCGUUCAAGAACAAGGGCGUGCAGCCGCUGCUGGACGCCGUGGUGGACUACCUGCCCGCCCCCACAGACCUGCCGGACGUGCGCGGCUCCGACAUCGACGACGCCGAGAAGGAGAUGACGCGCAAGUCGAACGACGACGAGCCCUUCUCGGGCCUGGCCUUCAAGAUCAUGACCGACCCCUUUGUCGGCUCCCUCACCUUUGUGCGCGUGUACUCAGGCGUGCUGGAGUCGGGCUCCUACGUGCUGUCCGCCGCCAAGGGCAAGAAGGAGCGGGUGGGGCGCCUGAUGCAGAUGCACGCCAACAGCCGGGAGGAUGUGAAGGAGGCGCGGGCGGGCGACAUCAUCGCGGUGGCGGGCCUCAAGGACGUGGUCACGGGCGACACGCUGUGCGACGAGAAGUAUCCCGUCAUGCUGGAGCGCAUGGAGUUCCCCGACCCCGUGAUCAAGGUGGCCAUUGAGCCAAAGACCAAGGGCGACCUAGACAAGAUGACCAACGGCCUGAUCAAGCUGGCCCAGGAGGACCCCUCCUUCCACUUCAGCCGCGAGGAGGAGACCAACCAGACUGUGAUUGAGGGCAUGGGCGAGCUGCACCUGGAGAUCAUUGUGGACCGGCUGCGGCGGGAGUGGAAGGUGGAGUGCGACGUCGGCGCGCCGCAGGUGAACUACCGCGAGGGCAUCUCCCGCGCCGCCGAGGUGCGGUACGUGCACAAGAAGCAGAGCGGCGGGUCGGGCCAGUUUGCCGACGUGGCCAUCAAGUUUGAGCCCGGCGAGCCGGGCACCGGCUUUGAGUUCCGCUCGGAGAUCAAGGGCGGCGUGGUGCCGAAGGAGUACAUCCCAGGAGUCACCAAGGGCCUGGAGGAGAUGAUGAGCAGCGGGUCGCUGGCGGGCUUCCCGGUGGUGGACGUGAGGACCACGUUGUACGACGGAUCCUACCACGACGUCGACUCCUCGGUGGUCAAGGCCAGCGUGCCGCUGUCGGAGAUGUUCAACUACGUGUCCACGCUGCGCGGCAUGUCCAAGGGGCGCGCGCAGUACACGAUGCAGCUGGAGAAGUACGAGGUGGUGCCCAGCCAUAUCCAGGAGAAGAUCGUGGCCGACGCCAAGGUGGCCGCCGCCUCCUGA